CCGGUAUCAGAAGAGAUAUUAUAACAUGUUGCAAUAUAAACUCAGUACCUAUACCACUGGAGCUCACAGACUCCGACUGACAUCCUACCGUACGGACGCUCAUGCUCCUUUAGCCGUUUCUACUCUUAGAGGAAAGAAAAAGUGAUUUCUGGUUAUAAGUACUUGUGUAUUGAAACAUCUCGGUAUUGGUCCCUUCAUGUAUACGUAGGGUUUCAUCAGAGAGGUAUACUUAAGGUAAUUAGCACUAAUUAACACAUUGCCACAUGAAUGUUACUGUGUUCAUCUUCUCGUCAUGGUCAUCCUGUAACUCUUGACCGCUGUAACUGACCGGUUCCUCUCGGACUUUGUUCAUCAUCCUUAGCGCCUUUCUUGACAAGUCUAAGUUCUUGAUUCGUAAUGGAUUCACGCGACUACGAAGUCAAACUCGAGAAAAUGUACGGAGCUUACGGUCGGAUUCCGGACUCAUUGCGGGCAUCUGUAUUAGACAACGGACCGUAUGUGGACAAUUGUCACAAUCCUCGGACAACCUCGGACUUUAAUCAACAAAACAAACCGGAAUUAUUAAAUCACCACUCCAUUGAGGGCAUAUUGGCGGGGAAAGGUCGAGGGGGAGACCCCCUGUUACAGAGGCUGGAAGAUAUGGAUCAGGAUAUGAUGGACAGUAAAGUGAUGAGGAGUUCCGACGAGCGCGUCAAAUCGGAACCGAACGGACAAACAAACUGUAACAAAUCUCCCGAGGACAACAAAGUAAAAUGUAAACAAGAGUCAUCGGACAUAAACGACGACGGCGAUGAUAAAAAAGACGAUUCCAGUGAAAGUGGCGAUCAAAAGGGCAAAAAGAGACGGAAUCGAACGACUUUUACAAGCUUCCAAUUAGAAGAAAUGGAACGUGUUUUUCAGAAAACUCACUAUCCUGAUGUUUACGCACGAGAACAACUUGCGCUAAGAUGCAACCUGACGGAGGCAAGAGUACAGGUGUGGUUCCAGAACCGCCGUGCUAAAUGGAGGAAGAGGGAAAGGUACGGUCAGAUCCAGACAAUGAGAGCGAUGACGACUGGGGCCAACCCUUAUGACAUGCCCUUAGGGGCCAGACACGACGCUUACUCUCAGAUUCAACAUAACCCUUGGGCUGGCAACCCACAGAUUCCGUACACCAUGCAAAACUCAACGUGCAUGGUUACCCAUUCGAAUGUUCCCAACUUUAUGGGUCUCGCACACCCUGGACAUCUUGCGUCACAUCCGGGUGGUCCGCACCAACCUCCAACUCUGGCCCUGCACGGUGCUCAGUCGCCACCCCUUGACCCGUGUGAGAACGGUGAGCGACGGACAAGCAGUAUAGCUGCCCUCCGGCUCAAAGCACAUGAACACAGUGUUGCUAUGGGCAUAUUUAGUGCAUAUGGAAAGUAAACAAUGUGCCACAAGGCAUGGCAAUGUUAUUUUACUGGGUAAACAAAUAAGAUAAUUUUCCAGUAAUGUAAUUUGGUCAUCACUGAUGCGUUGGCUAGGUGUGAUGCUGGCUGGGAAAAUCCCAAGAUUGUGGAAAGGGCUAGCCGACAUAUGGCGUCAACAGCUGUAGAACGGUCACUAAAGCAAACGAAUGCAGAACGAACGGUGUAAAUAUAAAGUGUUGAGAUGAUAUGAAUUGUGACAGAAAGAAUUAGCCAGGGUUACCCAUCUAGUGAUGUUUAUACAGAGUGAAUACCAACGUGGUAAUACCUAUUGAUGAACGUAAUAGCCUGUCGUCUAUAUUAGCAUCGCGUGCAUUGUGUCGCGCGCAUGUUUACAUGAGAGAAUGCUUCACGUGCAUGAUGAUGGUAAUGACAGCACGUCUACCUGGAGUGUGAGUUACGACACUGCUCGAUAUACACGUGAAGUCUGGAGCACGAACAGUUGGACACGUGGUUAAUUUGUGCAAGGAAUGAGACUAACAUUGUAUGUUCUAUUCCCAUAACUCUUGUUUCACAUAAAAUUAAUUUGAGAAAAACUACACAAAAUUAUGCAUUUUUUAUAAUUCUAGAUAUUUGUGUUUCCGUCAAUUAUGCAAUGUGACCGAGUAAACUGUAAAAUGUACGUAUAUGAAUUUCACGAGUAUUAAAGACAUUCAUAGAAUUAUGAAUAACCUAUAAAACUGGCAAUUAUUUGCAUUAUCCCUUUGAAGUAACGUAACACAUGGGGGAGUUUCUGGUUUACGACGGUAGGUGGUGAACAUGUGAAUACAAAUUAAACCUCGUAGAUUGCAUUGCUCGAGGUCUCGGGACACCAAUAUGGCAGAACAGCCAGCGUAAGGUACAACGGGCCGGUGAUAAUUGUCUCUGGUCAUGAUAUUGUUAAAUAGUUAUGUAUUGCAACGACAUAUUUGUAAACAAAUAAAGGUAAAUUAACUACGUAAUACCUCGAAACGUACAGGCUGAAGCAAUCAGCAUUCGGAGUCUCUCUGCAAUUUACUAUAUAAUGUAAUGCCCACAUUCCGAGCACAUGCUUGCCGAGAUGUUUCCAUAAUUAAUAUUUGGGCACUGUAAGAUUCUAUACAUAUUUUAAUGUAUAGCGUAGUAUAUAAACUACAUCUGGUAGUUAACACUUUGCCCUUUCCCUCGUAAUAAAUCUGCAAUUUUAAAUUAUGUAAACACGUUUAUCCAUUUCAUUUAAUAAGUAGCAGGCUCUGGACUGUGUGUAAAUUGUUAACAUGUAAAAUUAAGUUGUGAUAAAAUCAUAUUACGGGAAGGAAGACUUACAAUACUUUCUUAAUGAUCGUAAAUAAAUUGGAAAAAGUAGAAAGUGGGGAACAGAUUAAUUAAUGAUCAGAUGGUGUCGGACCCAAAGUAUGGCGAGAAAAUUGAGAGGCUGUUAUUCAUUUAAUGGAGUGCAGAGAGGACAGCCGAGCUAUAUGUCUUCUUGAGCAAUUACCCUAACUAUCAAAAUUCUGCAGCAGCUUGCAAUUUCAAAAUAUCUUUAAUCAAUCAAUUCUGAUGCAAAAACCUAAAGCUCACUGAAACAUUAAUUACACAAAAAAUUAUGUAAAAUUAUAAAGUAACCACCUUCAUAUUUCUUUCAUCAAUAAAAUAUUAGGAUAAUAAUAUAAUGAUAGCAUGUUUAAUGUUUACUGUCAGCCUUGAAGUAUAAUAAAUGUUAAUUGAAGUUUAGAAGAUAUACCUGAUAUAGCAUUGCCUCAAAUUUUCACAGCUUUGAUCCAAAAGACUGGAACAUUCACGUUCAUCAGUGUCAUCGAGACGUUUAAAUUCGUAUUAUUUAGAUCAUUGUUACUGCAACGCUUAUAUUUAUAUUUGAUACAAUAGUGUCAAAGUUACAAUUUAUUUUCAAUGUGAUUGAGACGCUUACAUUUUUACACUAGAUACAAUUAUUAACUUUUAACGUUAACACUAAGCAUGUAACAUCCUCAAUGUUACCAAAAAAGCUUAAAAUCAUACUUUUGGUACUGGAGACAUCAGAAAUAAUAUUCUAACGUAAUAUUUAUAAUUGAUACAUUUUUAAUAGAUCAGGGUCAAGUGGAGUUUUGCAUUCAUAUUUAAUACGUCAUGUUCGCUAAAAAUGUUUAUUGUGUAUACCUGUCAAUCCCCAGGAUAACUGUAAUUAAUUAUUGGUACCUGAACUUGCUCCGAUUAAACUAAAUGAUAUUGUUAAAACGACAUUUUUAUUUACAUUUGCUACAGCAUACCAUCUUAUUUAUUGAAAAGCCUUGAACAACUAAUUAUCAAUCACAGGGAAUAAUUCAUAAUAACAUCUUUCAGGUAAUACAUGUAGAUUAAGUGUCGUCUUUUUAAUAAAGGUAAAUAUAUACUUUGUCAUUACUGGAAAUGCAAAUGAAUAAAGCAACUCUUUGGUUAGGGUGUAUAUUUAUUAUGUUGUCUCUCACAAACAUUCCAAGAGUCAUAUAAAUUAUUUUUACUAACCCAACAGAUAACUUCAACAUAUUUCAUUUUGUUUUAAUAUAUUGACAGUUGCUUGUUGCAGCCGUUAAAAAUUCAAUGUAACUAUGAAAGCACAAAUACUAUACAACAUAGAUGUUUCCCAUUAGAAAACUGUUCGGGGUUCUCUUAUCACAUUGUGAAAGCAACUGUGUUAUUUAAUUCAACUAGGACGAACUUCCAUAGAAGGUUUUUCGGUUUUGCAUAGUAACAAUAGACAACACAACACAUUUUGUUGGAAAACAUCAAUAAAAACUAACAGUAUUAAAGUUCAACAGUGUACAUGUUAGACGGAGAGUUUCAAGACUGGUAUUUUCAAUAUCAUGCGAAAUUCCAGAAAAAAAGACAUUGAACGAAAUUAUUAUUUGCUACACGCGUGACAUUAUGUCCAAAGAAUCGUCAAAGAAUUAAAACAAAUUAUUGUUCCGAACAUGACAAUUAGGCUUACUUUAAUUAUCUUUGUUUUUAAACAAAAUGUCUUUUUGAAUGUACUAUAUUUCAC